AUGGCACUUGUGAGAGCAGCUCGGAAAACCUCCUCUUCUUAUACUUGUCGAUAUUGUCGUCAUCACGUGUUCCUGAGUUUCAGAGGCCAAGACACUCGCAAGACUUUCACUGACCACCUCUACACGGCCCUUGUCAACGCCGGAUUUCGCACUUUCCGAGACGACGAUGAAGUCCAGAGAGGAGAAGGUAUCAAGCCCGAACUUCAGAAAGCAAUCAAACAUUCACGAACUUCUGUUAUUGUAUUUUCAAAAGACUACGCGUCGUCCACAUGGUGCCUUGAGGAGCUCGUCAUGAUCCUUGAACGCAAGAGGAUCUCAGCUGACCAUGUCGUUUUACCUGUCUUCUACGACGUGGAUCCAUCCGAUGUGCGGAAGCAGACAGGAAGUCUUGCAAAGGCAUUUGCUAGACACCAAAGAUCCCAACCGUCAAACAAACUGAUGGGUAAUUUCUUUCCUACUACUUUGUUUUAUUUAUACUCUAUUGCAGUGAUGUUUGAAAUCUUUUUUUCAUUUGGAUUGCAACUUUUCAGACACGAGUCAAAGUUUAUCAACAAGAUUGUUCAAGUGAUAGGAGAAAAACUAAGGCGAAGACCCCUAAGUGUUCCCCACAGAAUGAUCGGAAUGCAUUCUCGAGUCAACGAACUUAAUUUAUGGUUACAAGAUGGAUCAGAUGAAGUUGGCAUACUUGUAAUUUAUGGCAUGAGUGGAAUAGGGAAGACAACCAUUGCAAAGUCUGUUUAUAAUACAAACUUUGAAAGAUUUGAAGGAAGCAGCUUCAUUGAAAACAUUAGAGAAAUUUCACAACAACCUAAUGGCCUAGUUCAAAUACAAAUACAACUUCUUUCUGAUAUUUUGAUUGGGAGAAAAGUAAAAAUACACUGUGUUAGUGAGGGAAUGACUGAGAUAGAAGAUGCGAUAAGCUCUAAAAGGGUUUUUCUUGUUCUCGAUGAUGUGGAUCAUAUUAGCCAAUUAGAUGUGGUGCUUGGAAUGAAAGAUCAGUUUUAUCCAGGAAGUAAAAUCAUCAUAACAACUAGGCGUGCAAGAUUGUUAAAGGUUCAUCAAGUUACAAAGGUGCAUACAGUUCAAACUUUGGAUAACAAAGAAUCAUUGGAGCUCUUAAGUUGGCACGCUUUUGGCCGAGACCAUCCCAUUGAAGAUUACAUAGAAUAUUCAGAGAAGCUAGUCGAUCAUUGCGGAGGACUUCCAUUAGCCCUUCAAGUUUUAGGUUCUUCGUUGUUGGGGGAAAGUAUAGGUGUAUGGAAAAGUGCAUUGGAGAAAUUAAAAGCCAUUCCAAAUGGUGAAAUAGUAAAUAAGCUAAGAGUAAGUUACGAUUCUUUGCAAGAUGACCAUGACCGAAAAUUAUUCCUCCACAUUGCUUGUUUCUUUAUCGGAAAGGACAAAGAUUACAUUGUUAAAAUACUAGAUGGAUGUGAUUUCUAUACAAUUGUUGGCAUUCAAAAUCUCAUCGAUAGAUGUUUGGUGACAAUUGAUGAAUUUGACAAGGUGCAUAUGCAUGACCUGAUUUGUGGAAUGGGAAGAGAAAUUGUUCACCAAGAAUCAGAGGAGCCUUGGAAGCGUAGUAGAGGAUGGCAUCAUAAGGAUUCCUUCAAAAUCCUGUCAGAAAAUAAUGUAAGAAACAUGUGUUAUAUGUACACAUAUAUGUUUUCCUUCUUGUAA